AUGGAGGACGUUAUCGCGAUGCAUUCAUCUCUAGAUAUCAGAUUAACACACAUACAUGAUGACGACUCAAGACAAGAACGCCUUAUCAUCGGAGGCUCCACUUGCCCCGUCACCGUCGAACGCAAUGUUCGCUCCGACCUCGACACCACACUUCCAAAGUCUUGUCGCGGAGGAUUGGCGGGAAACAAAUUCUGCAUGUCACUGGGUCUUCCUGUGGCGGCUAUGAUCAAUUGUGCCGACAAUACCGGCGCGAAGAAUCUCUACAUCAUAUCAGUGAAGGGGAUCAGGGGUCGUUUGAAUCGAUUGUCGUAUACUUGUGUGGGAGAUAUGGUUAUUGCGACGGUGAAGAAAGGGAAACCUGAUUUGAAAAAGAAGUUCAUGUUUGCUCUCAUUGUUAGACAACGCAAGCCCUGGUGCCGAAAGGAUGGAGUGUUCAUGUAUUUUGAAGAUAAUGUUGGUGUGAUAGUGAAUCCUAAGAGAGAAAUGAAAGGUUCUGCCAUUACUGGUUCAAUUGGGAAGGAAUGUGCUGAUUUAUGA